CCUUACUGAAACAUCCAGACUUUGCUUUUCUCACCAUGAAGGCCUCAGUCAUCGCAACCUUUUUUGGUGUAUUUCUUACAUAUACAUAUGCAGCUAAGGAAGCCACGAAGAAGACUAAAAGGGCUAAGCUGUAUGUUCCCCAGAUCGACUGUGAUGUCAAGGCGGGGAAGAUCAUCAAUCCAGAAUUCAUUGCAAAAUGCCCUCCUGGAUGUCAAGAUGUAAAAUACCGUGUUUACGGCACAGACAUUUAUGCUUCUUUUUCCAGUGUGUGUAGUGCUGCAAUUCACAGUGGUAUAAUUGACAACACAGGUGGCAAGAUCCUCGUCCAGAAAGUCGCCGGCCAUUCUGGUUACAGAGGGAGCUUCUCGAACGGGGUCCGAUCCCUGUCGCUGCCGCGCUGGAGGGAGUCCUUCCUCGUUGCAGAGGGCAAGCCGAGGAAAGGUGUGACGUACCCAUCAACUCUUGAAUAUUUUUCUUCAAAAAGCACAGUUGUUAAAUCAGAGCCUAAAAAAAUGGAGCAAGACAUAAAAGCUAUGAAGAAUGCCAGCACCUCGAAUGCUUCAGAAAAAGCAUCAGAACAAGGCAAUACAGUCCACAAAGAGUACCAGACAUCUCCAGUACCAGUACCAACUACACAAAUUGCCACCACAAGCCCAACUCAGAUGACCAAAACAGCAGAUGCUUUCACCACAGCAACAAAGCCAACUACAACACCUGUGACAACCAGAACCACAACAGUUGCAGCUGCAGCCAAGUCUCGACCUGCACCGCAAAGAGUUAGAGAUACAGGCUCUAGCAAUAUCCACCCAGCAUAUUCAUCUGUGGCCGCUGCAGCAUCAAGACAGCUUCAGGCUGCACAAGGAAGAGGACAGAAUACAGCAUUCAGGGGCACUUCCACCUCCUCAAGCAACAGGAAUAUUUUACGACCCAGUACAGGUAUUCAGCGCCAAGAGCCUGUUGCAGCUCUCCGGAAGCCUGCUGGAUCUCCAGUCCAUCUGGCAAUGGAAACAGACUUGUGGAAACCUGGAUUGAGCCUUUUUGAUACAGGCUUCACUUCAAAGGAAGAGCUGAAUACGAAGCCGUUGGAGUCAAGAUCCCAGGGGAACCCAAACUGCAAAGUUGAUUUGUCCUUCUUGAUCGAUGGGAGCUGGAGCAUCGGUAAGCGCCGCUUUCAGAUCCAAAAGCAGUUCCUCAGUAACGUGGCUGAAGCCCUUGAUGUGGGCAGUGCUGGUCCUCUGAUGGGCGUCGUUCAGUAUGGCAAUGACCCUUCCACAGAAUUUAACCUAAAAACUUAUGCAAACUCCAAGGAUGUAAGAAGUGCCAUUGAGAAAAUCUCACAGAAAGGCGGACUGUCCAAUGUUGGGAAGGCACUUUCAUUUGUUAACAAAAACUUCUUUUCGGAUGCUAAUGGAAACAGAGGCGGAGCGCCAAACGUGGCCAUAGUGAUGGUGGACGGAUGGCCUACUGACAAAGUGGAGGAGGCCUCCAGGCUGGCCAGAGAAUCAGGAAUCAAUAUUUUCUUUGUCACUAUUGAAGGACCUGCUGAAAACGAAAAGCAGAACGUUAUUGAACCAGACUUUGUGGACAAGGCCGUGUGCAGAACAAACGGUUUCUAUUCCAUCAACGUGCCCAGUUGGUUCAGCCUGCACAAGGCAGUCCAGCCCUUGGUGAAACGGGUCUGCGACACCGAUCGGCUGGUUUGCAGCAAGACGUGCCUCAACUCAGCUGACAUCGGCUUCGUAAUCGACGGCUCCAGUAGCGUCGGCACCAGCAACUUCCGCACAGUCCUCCAGUUUGUAGCCAACAUCAGCAAGGAGUUCGAGAUUUCGGACACCGACACACGCAUCGGAGCUGUUCAGUACACGUACGAGCAACGGCUGGAGUUCAGCUUUGACAAGUACAGCUCCAAGCAAGACGUACUGAGUGCUAUCAAAAGGAUCAAUUACUGGAGUGGAGGUACCAGCACGGGAGCAGCCAUCAGCUACGCCUCAGAGCAGCUGUUCAACAAAUCCAAACCCAACAAAAGGAAGAUCAUGAUUCUCAUCACAGACGGCAGGUCUUACGAUGAUGUCAGAGUGCCGGCCAUGACAGCCCACCAGAACGGAGUCAUAGCUUACUCCAUUGGAAUUGCUUGGGCAGCUCAGGAUGAACUGGAAGCUAUUGCAACAGAUCCUGAUAAGGAGCAUUCCUUCUUUGUGGACGAUUUUGACAACCUCUACCAAUUUGUUAAUCAGCUCAUCCAAAACAUUUGUACAGAAUUUAACGCACAGCCACGGAACUGAUCACAAAGCAGGAUCCUUGGGCGUCAUACUGAAGACAUGCAAAAUGCUAUAGCAGUAAUGCCAGCUCUGAGGUCAAGAAAUACUGGAAUUGUUCUUCUCUGGCACUUGCCAGUUGCAAAGCUGAUUGCGGCUCUCUCCCUGUGCAUGAUAAUGCUCUGUGUUGGCUGCUGAUUUUGUUUUUCUUACAGGUUUCAGAAACUCUGACUUGGAUGGAUAGUGAAAAAGGCAGUAAACUUCAUGGAGGAGAUGAUGGGGGCUGUUUGAAAAGUUUCUUCUAGUAUAGAUAAGCUUCUGAUUCCCACUUCUGGGCACACACAAGCCUCCUUAAUAUGAACCACCUCCUUCCUGGACUGGUGUGUGGCCUCAGCCCCGGUCUGCAGGACCUUUCAGGGAGCAUCCAUGCUGCCUAGCUACUGUGGCAGAAGCACCUCUGUGCAACACUGCCGUCAGCUGUCCUCCAGAUCAGGACUGAAAAUCCAGAGAUCUUUUUCUUUUUUGGAGUAAAAUUUGAGCACCUUCUUAAAAGCAGCCACUCUCCCCAUAGAGCUGUCUUGCUAGCAAGUUAAGUUUCAGCUUAAGUAAAUUCAAGUGUUGAGAUUUAUUCAAAUCCAGAGAUUGGAAAACAGGUGAGAAGAAAGAAUCAAGCUCCCAAGUGACCUGAUCAACUAUAACUGGGGACCCUGCAAGCAUUUGCCAGUAAAGGCACAGAUCCACAAGGCAGCCAACACACAGGAACUAGAAUCUAAGUUUUCCUUCUCCUUCUUCCCACAGCCCUACAUUAAAAUUUGAUAUAGGGAAGAAGAUCUUUUCCCCUUAGCUCUCUCUUGCUGCGCUUUAUCUUGCAGCUGAACACCUGUAGCACAGCAGGAGAGUUGCAGAGACAGAAGAGACUCUUGAGAAAAAACAUGGGUUUAAGUUGUUCACAGUCCAAAAAGUGCUUGAGAACCACUGCUCUAUCAUUAAAUCAUGGCUCAGUUAGAUCAGCUCAUAGCAGUCACUAAUAUGAAGAGAACUAUUCAAGGGCCAUUAGAAGGAUUUUAAGAGGAAAGAAUUGUAAUGGUUUGUACUAUACACAGGGAACAACAAGAUUUCUAGAAUUUACAGACAUCAUCUUCAAAAUUUGGCUUCUGCUAUGUAGAUGGAUUUCAAAAUGCACCUACCCUAGUCCUUCAUUAUUCAAAACACGCUCCUGCUGCUUAAGUGAAGAACUAGCCACGUCGCUAGUUGGUGAUGCCAGCAGUGCUACAUUAAGAGGGUCAAAAGAAUUACACUUUAAUUAGGAAGCAGCAAUUGCUGGUUAUGUUUCCAUCCACUGUAAUUUAAGAAAACAUGUUCAUUAAGCAGAAGCUACAGAAGGAGAGGAAAGAAGCUUCAGAGCUAGUCAAAAUGUGUGUGUUCAUACACCUUAUGGCUGUCAAAGCAAUACUGAUCAGGCUUGUGGAACUAACAGGAAACUGAAAUAAAUUAAAGCUUGAAUUUCAUAUCUUACUCACAAACUGGAGUUUUAAUAGCCUUUACCCUUUUAAUUAAUAACCAUGACCAAAGGAUGUUCAAUAUCUAGUCACAUAAAAAUGUUAAUUGAAGUAAAUUGCCAUCACAGAAGACUCCUUUCUGUCAAUAAAAUUAGCACAAUCUUUCAAAUCUUUAUGUUUGAAAAUAUGACUACAGUAGUUCAAAAAAUAGCAGUACAGUAAGCAUAAACCAAAUUAACGAGCACAGUAGAUUCUACAUGAUCUCUGUCAUGUGAUAGCAUAAGUCAGGCUAGGAUCCUCUCAAGAGGUGCUCCAACCUUAUCAUAAACAAAAUUGGAUGAAGCAACAGUUUUACACAGGAAAAAUUCAGAUCUUCCUCUUUUAGAAGAAAUAUUCCAUUCCAUCUUUAACUGAACACCUAAAAUACAGUAAUGCUACCCAGACAGGGGACAUGGAUUACUGCCAGAAGAAAGCAAGCAAAACAAAGACAUGAAAGAUAGGUACACAGAAGGGUUUCUUUUCUUUUUUAAACAGUAAUUUAUGUUGCAGCACUUCUACGGCAAUAGCUUCUUGGCUUGAAAAAAAAAAAUACAGAUUAAGGAGAGGCAAUUAUGUAGAAUCGGACAAAGCCCAGUAUUUCCCACCCCGUCUUCAGAUCUGUUUCCUCAAUAUCAUUCUGCUGAAGGCACCGCUCUCUUCUGACAAAGGCUGGUCUGGAGAAAACUCAAACUCAUAAACUGGAUUUAUUGGGGGCUAUAACUCCGAUGCCAGAUUUAUUGUUUGAAAACCUGCUUGCUUGGGGUUUUAUUUAAGCCUACCUGAGCAAUGAGCCUACAUUUUAACUAAACGCUGUAUUUGUUUCUGACGCAACAAAUAUCACUGUAUAUUUAGCUCUAUCCUGAAAGUACUCUCACAGUACAAAAGAGAGACUCUUCAGAUACUUCCCACUGUAUUGCUUGUGUUCUGCUGAAAGCACAGCACAGAUGGCAGAGAAGUUAGGAAUGGUUAGAGCCACAGGUGUUCUUUAGGACAGGCACUUUAAGUCCUUCCAAAAGCUUAAACUUCAAGCAACAAUAGCAAGUUUUCAAAUGCUCCUCACAGAAAAGUUCAACUGUUAUCCUCUGCAUCAAGCAUUUAUAAAAUGCACUACAGAGUUUGUGCUGCUUAAAUGGUUUAUCUGAAUUUUACAGAACAAUGAUGGUGCUUGCCUGCCAAUGUGUAUUUUAUUAAGUUCUUGAGGUGGUUUAAUUUUUCAUCCAACUCCAACAGAUUCCUCCAACAGAUUCAUAAACACUGUAAACUUAAGUGUAAGCCUCCAAAGUUUUAAGUAUAUAACCAUAUAUAUCUAUUUCCAUUAACAAAAGCAUGCACGUGGAUCAGUGCAGAACAUGCUCCUCUGAACCUUCACCUUUCAUAGCAAACAAAAUACUGGCCAUCUAAUAAAGUCUCUAUAAAUAUUUUUAUAUAUAAAGUACAUAUAGAGAUACAUACUUUAUAUAGAUGGAGAUAUAUGGAGAACAGAAAAGUGGAGACAAAAAAAAAAAAUACUUUGCACAGUUCAAAAGGAAGUUUGCAUGAAAUUACCUCAUGCCACUCUAUACUUUAUAGAGAUAGAUAAAUUGCAUUUACAUUUUCUUCAUAAAAGUUGGAGGGAGGGAGGGAAGGCUUGUUUGAAGAAAGCAGCAGAACUACCUUUGUAACAUAUAUAAGCUAUUCUGAGCUUCUCACAACACAAGUUGCUAAAUGUUUUGCAAUAAAAAUGUCCCAA